GCCGAGGAGGGAGGAGCGGGGUCGGAGCCCCGGCGGCGGCGGGGAAGCCCAUUGGCAGGAGGUGUGGAGGGCCAGCGCUACGCCCAGCCCCGAGGGUAGCCGGCGCCGGCUCUCCGGAGACGGCCAGCGGCGGGGUUCUCAGCUGGGACUGUUGAGGCCUGGAAGUCCCUCCCCUUCCCCUUCCCCUUUGCCGCUUUGUGGCACCCCCCUCCCUCUACCCUCCUACUUUGAUAACCUGGCUAUGACUAGCAGAAGUACAGCCAGGCCCAAUGGGCAGCCCCAGGCCAGCAAAAUAUGCCAGUUCAAAUUGGUCCUGCUGGGAGAAUCUGCAGUGGGGAAGUCUAGCCUGGUGUUACGUUUUGUCAAAGGGCAGUUCCAUGAGUACCAGGAAAGCACCAUUGGAGCGGCCUUCCUCACCCAGUCUGUGUGUCUAGAUGACACAACAGUCAAGUUUGAAAUUUGGGACACAGCUGGGCAGGAGCGAUACCACAGCUUAGCCCCCAUGUACUACAGGGGUGCCCAGGCUGCAAUUGUGGUUUAUGAUAUUACUAAUCAGGAAACAUUUGCCCGGGCAAAGACAUGGGUGAAGGAGCUGCAGCGGCAAGCCAGCCCCAGCAUUGUCAUUGCCUUGGCAGGAAACAAAGCUGACCUUGCCAACAAGCGCGUGGUGGAGUAUGAAGAGGCUCAGGCAUAUGCAGAUGACAACAGCUUGUUAUUUAUGGAGACUUCAGCUAAGACUGCUAUGAACGUGAAUGACCUCUUCUUGGCAAUAGCAAAGAAGUUGCCAAAGAGUGAACCCCAGAAUCUGGGGGGUGCAGCAGGCCGAAGUCGGGGUGUGGAUCUCCAUGAGCAGUCCCAGCAAAACAAGAGCCAGUGUUGUAGCAACUGAGGGGGUGGCUAGUAGCAAACAUGUAUGGAGUUAGCGAGAGAGCUAAGAAAUAACCUCCAUCCCCACCCUCAGUACACAGCCCCAUGGUAACAGCACACUGAGCCCUGGCUCCCACGGGCUGCCUCCCGACAGCUCCGUCAUGGCACUUUUUAAUGCUUCCGCAACCAACACCAGGCAGCUGUUGCCACUACUCUGCCCUACUCUGGGGUUUGGGGUCAAAUCUCCCCAGGACCUUCCUUCCAAAACAAACUUUCUUCACUUUGUAUUCUAGGUGCAAGACAGUGACCUUCUCAUUGUUACUCCCCUCCCUGUGUUCUUCCCAGUGUUUCAGAGACUUUUGUCUCCUGCCUCCUCCCUCUUUCACCUCUCACCACUCCCUGUUCUUGAUCCUGUUUCCUCCUCUGCCCAAGAUGAUGAAGUGUAACCCAGGGACUGAGAAGGGAGGUAGCAUGCUUUAGUUACAUUAAGGGCCCUGCAGGGAGAGGAAGACCCAGAGCAAGAGGGAGUAAGGAAACAUUUCUUUCUCAUUUUAUUUAUCUGGUAGGAGUUUCUUGUCUGUGAAACACUGCAGCACCCUGAGUUGGACUUGUGGAGGGUGUCCCUAGGUAGGAGUGAGAAGAGGGAGGCAAGCUUGCAGGCACUGAUUGGGACUUGUAUUAACCACUUGGAUAAAGGCUGAGGUGCAGUGCCAUCUGUAGCUCUGGGACUCAUCCCAAGGCUGUUUUCCCUUGCCUAGACUCUUAGGUAGGUCUCCCCAUCUGCUCAUCCCACUCCAGUGUGGGGAUGAGACCUCAGAGUGCUCCAAAGAAUCUUCACUGGUUGCCUGCACCUUUAGCUCUGCUGUGAUAUUACUGGAGGAGGUACCAGUUUCUGAUACCAUCCUCUGGUUUAUACAUGGGUAUUUUCCCUACCCUGGGCCAUGAGAUGGCCUUAGCCCCAAACACCAGGCCCCUGCAGUUUGCACUUUAAUUGAUGGUAGCUCAGUCAAGAUACAUGUGUUAUGGGGGGUUUGAUUGAUUUACCUAUCCUUCAACCUUUUUAAUUACGUGGAAUCUACAGUGUAUGAGGUUUGGGGAGGCACUAUAGAAAACAGUAACAGUGGCAGCUACUCUACCCAGUCUCCACUGCUGGCCUCCUCUGAUUCAUACCUCUAUUGGGUAUAGUCUGCACAGCUGAGGAGUGGCUUCAGAAUAGGUUGGGCUAUGGUAGUGUAAAGAAGGGUCAGGCAAGAGGAGUGUUCUAUCUGCCCAGGGUUCAUAUUCAAUUUGCUGUAUCUUACCAUGUCUUUUCUACUUCCCUGUAAAUACGUAUAGUCUUUAUUCUGUACAGUUUAUUCUGCCUCCUGUUUCCCAUUAGGCCUCUUUUCUUUUCUCUUUUGUUAAUAUCUUGGGUUUAGUUCCUCCUUCUUCAUCCCCCUUCCCCUUCCUCUUACUUAAUCCGUGUACCACGAGAGGCUCCUACACACAGAGGCCACUUGUCCUGUGGCAGGUGCAGCUAGAACUGAAUGAAGGUGCCUCACAACUGCCUUGUAUCAGAGGGCUUUUGGUCCUUCCUAUGUCUCCGGCCUCUAUGUCCUUCAUUAGGUGUUUGAGGGUUUCUGUGGGAAGCCAUCAAGACAAGCAGGAACUUGAUAUUUCAGCCAGAAAUUUGCAGAAGACAGAAAAGACCACAGUAACAAGAGUUGAGCCUUUGUCUACAGACCCGGUUAGUCUACAGACUGCUUUCCAUUCCACAACAGCUGAGGACUCCAAUGAAGCCAAGAUUCUCAAGGACUCAGCUUCGGUUUUUCCACUUAGACCUCAAUUCUCUUCCUUUUCCAGGGGCAGCCUUAGUUCUCAUGGCCCUGAAACACACAUACAUUUCCUGCUUUACUUUCCUAGAACCCAUUAGUCCUCCAGAGCACCUCCAAAAGGUGCGUCCUUUUACAAGUGGAAAUUCUAGGGUGGCUCUCUAAGCCUCUUAGAAAUUUAAUUCCUUCUCUGCAAAAGUGAGAAUGUUUUAUUGCCUUGGGACGGGGAACCCAUUUCCCUAGGCUUCUCCCCUCCCUCCCUCUCGUAGGAACAGUUAUUAGCCUUAGCUCCUGGGCCUAUCUGCUGCCUUCCCUCCACUCCUACCGGCUCUUCUGCCUUUAUUUGAGCUCUGCUGGGCUUGAGGGUUAUGUUCUCUCCCUACUCCUUUGUUAUCUCUUUCCUUUUGAUCAAUUUUUAGGAGGAGGGGUCAUCUUUUUUGCCUUUAUAUUUUUUUCCUAAGAAAGCCUUUGCCUUUCUUUCACUCUCCUAACAUAACAAUCGUGGUAACAGAAUGCAACUGCUGAUUUAUCGAUGUAUUUAAUGUAAGUAAAAAAGGAAAAAAAGAAAGUG